AGACUCGCAACUAGAAUGUCUUCAAGAGAUGCAUGCUUCAAAAGGGUGAAGUUGAGCCAGGAGGUAAAAGUGCACUUUGCAGAGCAGCUGUCCUGCCUGCAGAACAAGCAACAACGGGACACAGAGCUCUUGGAGGACAUUAGGUCCUAUAGCAAGCAGAGAGCUGCCAUUGAAAGGGAGUAUGGGCAGGCACUCCAGAGGCUGGCAACUCAGUUCCUGAAGAGAGACUGGCAGCGGGGCCGAAGUGAACUCAGCGACUCCAGGAGUGCCUUUGCAGUCUGGAAGGGCGUGAUUGACAGCACCAUGUGUGUGGGGCAGGCCAGGGUCACAGCCUCAGAGAACUACCGUGGCAUGGCUCUGGAGGUGGCCAAGACCACCCGCAUGUCCAAGGAGCACCUGCUCAAAAAGAGCAUGGAGCAGUUGCAGAAGGUGCAGGCAGAGUUCCUGGAGACUGUGAAGGAGGUUGGCAAGUCCAAGAAGCAGUUUAUGCAUCUGCAGCGGGUCAGCGAGGUGGCCAAGGAGAAGGCAGCUGAUGUGGAGGCCCGACUCCAGAAGAGUGACCACGGGAUAUUCCAUACCAAAGGCAGUCUGCAGAAACUCAGCAACAAGUUCUCUGGACAACUGGCACAAAAUGCACAGCGGCUCGCAGCAGCACAGAAUGAGUACCUGCUGACCCUGGGGGCUGCAAAUGCCCACCUGGAGCACUACUACUGCACAGAGCUGCCCUCAGUCAUGAAGGCCCUGGAUGGUGACCUCUAUGAGUGGCUCCGGGACCACAUGACCCUUAUCAGCCAGACAGAAAUUGAGACCUGUCACAUCACACAAGAGCGGUUCCAUGGGGUCCUGGAGGCAUCCACACAGGUGUGCCGGGAGCAGAACCUCCUCCUCUUCCUGCAGGACCACACCGCCUUCACCCUAAUGCCCAAGCAGCACUUCCAGCCUGAGGGUAUUAACAAGGUAUGCCUUCUAGAACCACCAAGUGGCAGCGCUGGAGAGAGUGGCUUGGAGAAGGAGGCACGGCGAUGGGCCACCAGAACAGCCAGAGAUUAUAAAAUAAAGACUCAUAGUGGACAGGUGCUCCAGAGGAUGGAAGCCAGGAGGCAGCAGGCCUCAGAGGCAGAGGUGGCAGGCAUGGAGAAGAGGAUGGAGGAAGUACGAGAGAAUGUCCGGAAAGCAGAGGUCAGCAAAGUGAAGGCUGAUGCCCGGUUGACUCUGCUGCGCCAGACUGGCCUUGAUGUGGAUGCCUGGCUGUCAGGAGCCAUGGGGCAAGUACUGGAGGAGCUAGAGCAGGAGCGGCGGCUGAGUGAAGCCCGCAAGUCCAACAGAGAAUCCACCACCAUGGCAGAAGAAUUGGAUUUGGCAGAGUUUGAAGACUAUGAUGAUGAUGUGGAUCUGUUUGAGGAUACAAGCCCCAGCGCUGGCACUACCCGUACCUAUCCCUACACCUGCAGGGUUAUCUUUGGGUACCAGCAGGCCUGCCAAGCUGAUGAGCUGUCCAUCUCCCAGGGGGAGGAGCUCGAAGUUAUUGAGGAUGGUGACAUGGAAGAGUGGGUCAAGGGGCGCAACAAGGUGGGACAGAUUGGCUACAUACCUGAGAAGUACCUGCUGGUGCUGGACUCCAUGGGGAAUGAGCAGAGGUCUGGGAGCUGGAGGGAGGGCCCCUCUGAGACUGCAGUGGACAGGGAGCUCACGAACAUCAUGAACACAGAGUUGGUGCUGGAGCCAGGAGUGUGGCUGGUCCGAGCCCUCUAUGACUAUGAGGGACAAAGUGCUGAGGAGCUGACCUUCCCUGAGGGAGCCAUAAUCCAAGUACUACCCAGGGAAGAGGGGGAUGUGGAUGACGGCUUCUGGAAAGGAGACUUCAAUGGGCGCAUUGGGGUCUUCCCUUCACUGGUGGUGGAAGAAAUAACAGGAGCUGGAGGAGCUGCUGGGCAGGUCCAGGAGCUCUCUUCACCAUCUCCUCCGGCUUUCUCUCCUCCAGUACUUCUGCCUGGUGCCAGGCCGGGCUCCAGUCCUUCUCCAGAAGUGCUGCUAGGAGGCUGCAGGCAGGAUGGCACAGCCAGUGAGCACAGCUCUCCAGACCUGACUGCUGCACGUAUCCGACCACUUAGAGCACCACCUCCCCCUCCUGCCAAGGCUCCUGAAGCUGAGCCUGAGCUACACCUCAGCUGACUGCUCCCAGGACCUGACGCAGAUCCUUUGGCUCCUUCUGGAACAACCCAAUGCCUCCAGCUUGGAGCUGAGCGCACAGCCUGCAAGUCACCUGAGCCAAACUGCUGUUAUAAGAGCCCGUGGAUGGACGAGCUUCCCGCUGCUUCAGCAUCUGCCCUUCUCCACAACCAGCAGCAGAGCUGUAGCUGCAAUAGGGUGCAAGUUUGUCCCCCACAGCCUCUGCUCCUGCCCUGGCUGUCUUCACUGUGCCUACACAAGGACUGCAGGGGUCUUUUAGGGAAAACAGAGCACUGUUAGACAUUGAUUGUUUCUUCCCUCAGCACCAAGGAGGGCUGAAGUGGCAGGUCCCCCCUCUCCUCUCCCCUCCUGCUGGGGACAUCUCCAGCAGAGGCCGCCAUGUGGAAAGUGCUUCACCUGAAGUCUGAAAAGGGGCCAAAUGCCUGGUACCAGCUGUCUGCUUCCUGCGUUCCAGCCUGCUGGGGCACUGUCCCCAAAGGUUCUGUCCUGCCGUGCUCCCAUGUGGUGUGACUCCCUGCUGUCCUGUGAGAGUUGAUCCUGCCCUUCAUGAGCCAGGUAUCUGAGGCUCCUGUUCCCUGCCCCCAACUCCCUUGCUCACAUGCUUUUAGCUGGCAUUUCUAUAUAUUUCUCUUAACAGAUGCUGAGAGGUCAUUCCCUGCAGAACUUGUCCCUCUGCCUAGCCUCAGGAUAGAAUCAUAGAAAAUUAGAGGUGGUAGGGACCUCAGGAGGUCAUCUAGUCCAACCCUCUG